GCAGCCGACAACAUCCGGAAGUGUAAUGUUCAACACCUUAAAGCAAACGGCGGCGAGCUCUCUGACACACGAGCUCUGUAGUGGUUAGUUAGAAAUCUGAUCAUUCGUUGCACUUCUCCCAUCAGUCACUAUGUCUGUUUUGUGUUAUAAUAAGGGAUGUGGACAGCGAUUUGAUCCAGAAAAUAACCCAGCCGAUGGCUGCACCUAUCAUCCAGGAGUCCCAGUAUUCCACGAUGCCUUGAAGGGUUGGUCCUGCUGCAAGAGAAGAACUACUGACUUCUCAGACUUCCUCAGCAUUGUUGGCUGUACAAAAGGUCCCCACAACAAAGAGAAGCCCCCUGAGCCGGUGAAACCAGACGUGACAUCUUCAGGAGAAAAGAAGGAGUUAGAGGACCAAAAGCCAAAGUUUAAUGAGUACAUCAUCUCUGCACCGAAACCUCAGGAGGCGAUAUGCAGACCAAGUCCUGAUGAGCCAAUGGUGAGAUUGCAGCAUAAAGUCUCUGCAUCUCUGAAGCAAGCUCUGGAGAAACUUAAACUAACUGAAAAUGCUGAAGAAAAAAAAGAGGAAGAAAGUGACGAGAUCAAAAUUGGAACGUCCUGUAAAAACGGAGGCUGUACUAAAAGUUUUGAAGGACCUGCAAGUGAUUCGGAUGUGUGCUUAUACCAUGCUGGAUUUCCCAUCUUUCACGAAGGGAUGAAAUACUGGAGCUGCUGUAAAAGGAAAACCUCAGACUUUAAUACCUUCCUCUCUCAAGAGGGCUGUACAAAGGGAACACAUCUAUGGAGGAAAAAAGAUGCGGGUAAGAAGGUGGUCCCGUGUCGGUUUGACUGGCACCAGACUGGGACGCAGGUCAUCAUUUCUAUCUAUGCCAAGAAUGCCGUCCCAGAGCUAAGCUACGUGGAUGCCAACAGCACUACGCUCAACAUCCACAUUAUAUUUGAUGGAGAGAAGGAAUUUGAGCAGAAAAUCAGCCUUUGGGGAGUGAUAGACGUGAGUAAAAGUUUGGUGAACAUGAUGGCAGCCAAGAUCGAGGUAGCCAUGAAGAAGUCUGAGGCAAUGUCCUGGGCUCGUCUGGACCUUCCUCCUCCUGCUCCACCCAAGGAGAGCGAGAAGAAAAAAUCUGACAGUGAGGACGAGGAUGAAGAUGAAGAUGAAUGAUAGGAUUGAAAAUAAAGACAUGACCCAUGUCACACUAAUGGACCGCGGCUGUGACCAGAUCUCAUAAUUUCAGGAAUGUUUGGUAAAGACGAUUCCAUCUGCACCCCCCCUCCCUUUUUUUUUCUCCCCCCUAUUCCAUCAUUUUUGUUUUUCAUAAAUUUAAUACAUCAGACCAAAAAGCUGCCCGGAUUGUCUUGAUUUGUCCGCUUACAUCAAUAUGUUAUCCAAACUUGUGUUUUAUGAAAUGUAUUCUGAAUCAAUUGUGAGACGAGACCUAUCACACCUGAAUUAUCUUGAGAUAUACUUUGGAGAUGCACUCUAACUAUCCAUACUUUUCUCAGUAAAAAUUGUAAAUUUGCUCCAAAUUAUGUUUUUUACUUCACUACACUCAAUGUAAAUUUUGUACAAGUUUUGCUUUCAGAUACUGUAUUUAUCUUAUUUCUUGUCAAAACAAAGUAGUGUGGUUUUAAUGAAGAUGUACUGUAAUGCCAAUUAAAUACAAAGUAUUUUAAGCAAAAUAUUGUAUCAUAAAAUGCUAUGCUAGAAAGCAUGUGUCUAGGCUUAGAUUGUAUGAAGCGUUAUUUGGCAAAAGGAGAAGCAAUGGAAAAGUAAAGUUCUAGGAAAGGGAACCAGUUUGUCUGACCAAAAAAUAAAUAAACUUCUGAGAUUAAAUUUUAAAACUGGA